AUGACGGCUGUACCCAAAAGACGCCUUGCGGCACUGUCCAAGCAACUCGCGGAAGGCAUACCAUCUGAGGGCACCUUUGAAGAAAUUCCUCGUGUCAGACAUGUCGCAGAAAGCUCAACAGGCCCAAGAGUCAAGGGAAAGGUUGCUAUCGUGACUGGAUGCAACUCUCCCAUCGGCAUCGGUCGAGCGUCUGCGCACCAAUAUGCCCAGAACGGCGCGAAGGCGGUCUAUAUCUGUGACUAUGAUGACAAGUAUUUGGAAAUGCACAAGCGGGAAAUUGCGUCCUUGUACCCCGAGUGCGAGGUCCACUGCGUGAAAAUGGACGUCGGAGAGGAAUCACAGGUCAAGGCAGUGGUGGACCAAUGCCUGGCGAAAUACGGCAGACUGGACAUCAUGUUUGCAAAUGCUGGCAUUUCUGGUGUCCCCAAUACCUUCGAACAUAUCUCGGCCGAGGCGUUUAUGAACACGAUGAGGGUUAAUGCACUAGGUGUAUUCCUCUGUUUCAAAUAUGCCGCCAUCGCCAUGCAGAAAACGAGUCCCGAGAAGAAGUACCCUGGAGGUAGCAUUAUCGGCACUGCGUCGGUGGCUGGAAUCCGAUCGAAUGCUGGAGGCACGGACUACAGUGCAAGCAAAAGUGCAGUGGUCUCGUUGGCGCAGACCAUGUCCUACCAAUUAAGUGGAACAGGCGUAAGGGUCAAUGCCAUCUGCCCAGGUGUGAUCGAGACUGGAAUGACCAAACCCAUGUAUGAUGCGGCCCGGACCCGGGGCACCGAGAGGAAGAUUGGCCAGCUCAACCCGUUGCAGAGAGGCGCGGUAGCCGAUGAGGUCGCCAGAGUCGCCUUGUUCUUGGGGAGUGAUGAGGCUAGCUACGUCAAUGGUCAGGCGUGGGCCGUGUGUGGUGGGCUGAGUGCUGGACAUCCUUUUGUUCCUGGUAAACUGGCUUGA